AUGGCUGAAGCUUCCUCUGACAACCCAUUGGCGUCCUUCCCCACGCCGGUCCCAGACCCCAUCACCGGUCGCCUUGACCCCAAUGACCCCGCAGUCAAGGCAUUGACCGAUGCUGCUCUCAACAUGGACAAGAGCAAGAUUCCUCGUCCAUACAAGUGCCCGCUGUGCGACCGUGCAUUCUACCGUCUGGAGCACCAGACGCGUCACAUCCGCACUCACACUGGUGAGAAGCCGCACGCAUGUACCCACCCGGGAUGUGACAAGCGCUUCUCGCGUUCGGACGAGUUGACACGUCAUGCGCGCAUCCACCUUCCGCCCGCUGCAGAAAACGGUGUAAAGGGCAAGGCGAGGCAUGAGGACGAAGACCAUGAAAUGGACGGUGACCGCCGCGGCCACCUUCCCCACCUCGGCCCCUCGUACGGCAUGGACUUUGAUGGCCGUCAUGACUACGCCAACCCAUACCUUCCCCCGCUCCCUAUGGGCAACGGUGCUGCUGCGGGCUCUGGAAUGAACGACAUCUCGGCGCUUGCUGCUGCUGCCAGUGACCAGCUAUACGAGCUUGAGCGUCACGAGGCUUUCCGUCGCGCCGAGUACGAACUGCGUCACCGUCAGAUCGCGGCGGGUGCUGGCCGCAAGUCGAACGGUGGGUCGCCCAGUGCCAACACUCCCACAUCGUACGGCUUCUCGAACGAGCGCGACCGUCUCUCGCAGGGUGCACCGGCGCCUGGCGGCGGACAAAUGGUUUUCCCCGUGUCGGCACCGCAGCCGGCCACAGCCAACCACCCCGCUGUCCCAGCUGGAACGCUAGCAGACCCGACCUACCUUGUUCCGCCUUCGUGCCACCACCCAGACUGCCACAAGAGCUACCGCAAGCGCCUCAAGGUUGCGCGUGAGACGGCUGCUUGCCCCAACUGUCUAACGCCGUCGAAUGGUGGUGCGCGCAAGAGCCACGGCACCGGUGGUGCUGGCCGUGGUGCUGGCGGGCCUAGUGGCGACCACCACUCGAGCAACGGGUCGACUCCCAAGGACCGCUCGGGUGUCGACUCGUCAGAUGAGCUUACAAAGCUGACUGGCAACGUGCCGGGUGGCAACGCGUACCACCUUCACCAUGCCAGUCUUCAGCAGCAGUUGGCUCGUCUGCAGCAGCAGCACACGCAGCAGAUGCAUCAGCACAAGAGCCGUCGUCCGCAUCAGCUCAACCCUUAUCCAGUCAACAUGCACCAGCACCGAUCGUCGCAUGCGUCGCUUGCGCCGUCGGCUGAGGUGUCCCGCGCUGCCAGCCCGGCAACGAGCGACUCGUCGGAUGACGAGUCGCAUGUGCCGCAUGUGCAUCACCCACACCCGCAGUUUGCACACACGAGCCCGGUGCUCGCCGGCAUGCGCGGCAUGUCUAUUUUCCCAGGCCGCAACGUCAUGACUGCGCCUGUGUCGGCAUCUGGCAGCCCUGUCACAUCGCGUGCUACCUCACCGGUCGAGGGUGGCCACAGUGCGUCGUCGGGCAAACACGGGCCUGCUUCGACAACUACUCGUGACGCCAAGAACCGCGCUCACCCGUAUGCCCUUCACCACAGCCACGGACUGCACCACCACGCGCAUGCGUCGGUUCCUAGUUCGCCUCUUGUCUCUGCUACCAAGUCGCGCAUGUCACCGCCAAAGCUUGACACUCCCCACAAGAGCGUGGAGGAGAUUCUCAAUUCGUCUGCCAUUCCGCCUCCGCCGCCGGUCAAUGAUCGUACUCUUCCGCCUCCCCACUCGAACGCUGCGUUCGCCUCUGUGCCCAGCAUGAGCUACUCGCUCAGUGCUGGCUCUGCGCAUGCCAGUCCUGUCGGUUCUCGUUCCAGCUCGCCUGUCCAUAACAUGCCGGCUCAUUCGCACUCACACAUCGCCAACUCUGUCCGCCAAGCGUUUGGGAUGACUGCCAUGUUCCGCGGAUCAGAUACGCCUUCUACUGUGACGACCAACCCAUCGCCAAAGAGCGUCAUUGGGCAUUCGUCGCCUCCUCCCAAGCUUCCCCCGUUGGGUCAUGGCAACCCUGACAUCAAGCCGAGUUUGCCCAGUUUCUCGCGGGGACCCUCGCCAGCGCACCUGAUGGAGCUGGACGGGCAGGCUUGA